GUUCACAAUGCUUUCAAACUUGUUGUUGUUCAUUUGUUUCCUAAUUUCAUCCUUCAAUUUCACUGCCCAUUCUUAUAAUAACAAAUGCCUUCGUCAUCAGGAAACCAUGUUUCUUCAACUCAAGCAAGAGUUGAUCUUCAAUUCCGAUUUUUCAACAAAACUUGUGCGAUGGAAUGAAAGUGAUGUGUGCUGCAAGUGGCCCGGUGUGGAAUGUGAUGCUUCUGGCUACGUCGUUAGUUUGCCGCUUGAUGGUGAGGACAUUUCUGGUGGAAUUGGGGAUUCAUCGAGUCUCUUCAGAUUUAAAAAUAUGCAGAAGUUUAACCUUGACUGCAAUUACUUCAAUGAUGCCAUUCCAAAAGAAAAAGAUAGAAAAAGGUGCAAAAAGACCAAGGUGCAGCAGCCUCUGUUCGAGCCCAUUCUGCCAGAGAGUUUGAAGUCCAAUCAGUGCUUAAUUCAUACCAUUCUCUUUGUCUUCGAAAGAGCUUCGCGUGGAUAUCUCGCACGUCUCAAUCGGAGUUCUGUGGAGAAAGUUAUGACUAUUCUACGAACGUUGCGCAGUGCAGUCAAAGCUGACGGGAAUUUAGGCGGAAAUUCACGGAAGAAAAUAAAUUAUUAUAUUGUGAAGCCAAAUCUCUCCCAUAUCUUGAAGGCCACGAAAAUUAACCUUUUUCCAGCUUAUAAAUACCUCUAAACCUAAUUUUAAUCUUCAUCUCAGAGCCUCCAAUCCUUACCCCCUCUACACAUUCAUCGAUCUCAUAUUCCACACCUAAUCAUCCAUCUUCCAUUGGAGCGGAGCUCUGCA